GCGAAGCCACAGAGAAACAAGCGUGCGAGGCUGCGCUCAUUCUCCUUACCUUACAGUGGGUUCUUAGACACGCAUUUUGUGUAAGGUGGAACUAACUUUUGUCCUACAGAGAAGAGUUGUAGACUGUCCUGGGUAUUCACCUGGUCAAAAAAGUCGCAGCAAACGAUAACCAUGUCGACCUCAUCGGCAAAAGUCACAAGGAAGGAGAAUUCUAACCACGACGGAGCGGACGAGACCUCUGAAAAAGAGCAACAGGAAGCCAUUGAACACAUUGACGAAGUACAGAAUGAAAUUGACAGACUGAAUGAACAGGCCAGUGAAGAAAUUUUAAAAGUAGAGCAGAAGUACAACAAAUUACGCCAGCCGUUCUUUCAGAAGCGAUCAGAACUCAUAGCAAAAAUCCCCAAUUUCUGGGUCACAACAUUUGUCAACCAUCCACAAGUUUCAGCUCUUUUGGGGGAAGAGGAUGAGGAAGCACUUCAUUACUUGUCGAGGGUGGAGGUCACAGAGUUCGAGGAUAUCAAGUCUGGAUAUAGAAUAGAUUUUUAUUUUGACGAGAAUCCAUACUUCGAGAACAAAGCCCUUUCCAAAGAGUUUAAUGUAAAUGAGAGCGGCGAUCCUGUUUCCAAAUCGACUGAAAUUAAAUGGAAGGCCGGGAAGGAUCUGACGAAGCGUACUGGUCAGACAUCAAACAAAGCAGGGAAGAAAAGGCAGCACGAGGAGCCAGAGAGCUUCUUCACCUGGUUUACUGACCAUUCGGAUGCAGGAGCUGACGAGCUUGGAGAAGUGAUCAAAGACGACAUCUGGCCUAACCCGCUGCAGUACUACCUGGUCCCUGACAUGGAGGAUGAGGAAGGUGACGGUGAUGAUGAUGAUGACGAAGAGGAAGGCCUGGAAGACAUUGAUGAGGGAGAAGAAGAGGAGGGCGAAGAUGAAGAUGAGGAAGGUGAUGGGGAGGAUGGAGAGGAUGAUGGUGAAGAUGAUUAAAUUUCAGCCAACAUGUGUUUUUUUUUUUUUUUUUUUUUUUUUUUCUUCCUGGUCCUCCCUCUGUGAUCAUCCUACAACCCAUGGGAGCAAAAUAUUUUGUUUUGGGGGGUUUUGUAAAAAAGAAAAAAAGAAGGAAAAAAAAGAAAAGAAAUUCACCCGCCCUUUUGUGUCAUCGGCCUGUUCGUCUUCUUCCUCUGCAGCCAUGGUCUGUCCUGCAGACCGGCUCCAUACACAGCAGGGCUGCAGGAGUGGAGGUGUCUGUGACUCUCUCAAAGUCUCACUUGUCAUUGUAUCUGUACAUCUCCCAAAGACAUGUAAAAGAAUAAAAAAAAAUUUGUAGCAUCCUGCACGUCAUCUUACAUAGAUUUAAAAUAUGUACAAUAGCAAUUUGUAUGUACAAUGAAAUAACAGUUUCUGUUGAAGUUGUGAGUUCAAUAAAAAUAAGCCAUGGUGCAGUGAUAACUUAAUCAUAGCAUCCCUAGCCACUUUAUAUAUAUAUAUAUAAAUAUAUAUAAAUGUAUAUUAUAAUAUAUCCAGUGGUGGGGGUGUACUGAGGCUUAUUAGAAGCUGCAUUUUUUUUUGUGAUCUAUUGUACUAAUGGAACUGAUUGAAAGCACCAGCUUGUUCCUUUCAACUGUUGUAAAUGUGUUUUGGGAUAUACAUGUACCUUAGUAAGCCAGUUGUUAAAUGCACAUAGUUUAAUGGGGAGGUGUGGUGGCAGUGGGGCUUUGACACCAACUUUAGACUUUUGUUAGAAGAAUUUUCAUUAUCUUUUUCAGGCACCCACAAGAAAGUUUGAAAUGUAAUUUUUUUUAAAAAAUAAAAUGAACUUAAAGUCAUGAAAUUUUGAGCAUUUUGAGAUGGGAGAGUAAACGAUGUUUUGUAGAGUCCUCUGUGGAGUCUGCAGCUUUUCUCCUGUUCCACUGGAAACAUGUUCACAUUAAAUUAAGUGUACACGUUGCUUUGUUACAAUAAAUAACUGUAUACAUGAUGUUUGGAGUAAUUUGAUCACAUUUGGGUGUUUCAACUCGAACUAUUCCAAAUUUUAGCCGCUCUGCCCCCAUCAGAAACGAACUUGCCCCUGGCUCUGUAGCCAACAUGGCUUCUGUCGCUAGGCCAGUCUGGUUGUUUAAUUAUUAUUAUUAUUUUUUUUUUUUAAAUCUCAUGUGGACGUAAAAAUGGUUUAGUGAAAAAAGUGCAUGUAUUUAUUUUUUAAAAUUUUGUUGACCUUUUUUGGGCAUGGGGAAACCAAACAGUCCCUAUGGACUGCUGUGUGGCAGCUUAAGUAAAAGUUAUUGAGCUCAGUUGACUGUAUAGUCUGCUGUGAAUGCAGCAAUCUUUUAGUAUAUUACAGUUCAAAUGAAAUACUAAGGCUAAUAAUACAUGGCUAGUGGCUAUCUAAUGUGACCUUUGAUGCUCAUAACUGUUUAGUUGUGUCACAUUGUCAAAUCUCCCACCUUGCUGCAGGUGGGUUUUAAAAUAAACUGGGCUGACUCAGGUUUACAAAA